AUGGUUUCGUUGGCCUACUUGAUCACCCUUCUGUCCCUCCUCGUCGCCGUUUCUCACGCAGAGGAGGUCGCUGCCGGCAAGACUGAGGACGUCGACCCCAAAUACUUCCGAUACGGAUCGAGGUACGGAGGAUUCGGCGGGGGAUUCUACAACAACUUCGGAUCUCUGAACAGUUGGGGAUGUGGCUGGGGAAGUGGCUUGAUGCUCAACUCAUGGAACACCCCAUGGAUCAACAGUGCGUUCAAUUACUUUCCCAACGGCAACUGCUUUGGAGGCGGCUGGCUCCUCCGCGGACCCGGCAUGUACUUUGUCAAGGCCACUGAGGAAGGUCACAGUGUUGCCCGACGAGCUCUCCCCGUUGGUGCUGAACAACUCGUCCGUCGAGAGGCCGGUGUGACUUGCAUUAGCAACAAGGGUGUUUCCAGCACUUUCUCCCCUGAUGAAUGUAUCAAGGCCGCUCAUCAGUUGGCUGAGAAGAAGACCAGCAGCACUACCCACGGAGGCUGCACCUUGACUCUUGUUACCAAGAAUGACAAAGUCGCCCCAAGCCAAUCCUCGAGCCAGAUCCUCGAGAAGGCCGUCAACAGUAUUUUGGGCGCUUGCGGAAAAUCUCCCAAUACCCAGGGCCAGAACAAGAACGCUCGCCGCGCCGCUGCCGCUGGUCAAGAAGACGACACCCGCGUUGCCCUCCUCCUUUCCAAGCCUAACUGA